UUACGAUCCAGCACUAGACGAAGCAAGACGUGUCCUCAGGAAUAGAUUCUAUCAGCAGAUAUGGCAUCAGCUAAAUCCACUAAAGAUUUUCUGUUGGUAGCUGAAGACUACCUUAGUCGUGGUCAGGUGUAUAGACCGGCAGGAGAGUUUGUCAAGAAACUGGCAUUGUGUCCAAGUUGUUGUGGAGGAAAAAAGGAAGUGGAGCUUUUAUUGGGAGUGGUCAGCCGGAUGGUAGCUCUGGUGAAAUCACAGUCAAACAAGCCUGGACGGCGGAACGUAAAGCCUAACACCGCUUGGCUGAAGGAAACUGCACAGUCACUAGAGACGUACCAGCUGGUCGGCCGUGAUUGGAUAAGUUCUCACGUAUGGAAGCUCCCAUCAUUACCUCCACCCAAACAGCAGGAAUAUGAUCCAACUAGGGGACAGAGGGAUAUCCGAUACCCUAAAGUAGCAGAAUUGUUACAAGCACCGGGGGAGGAUGAAGUCUUGGACUAUGAGGAUUUGGAUGAGGAAAAGUUGUUGGCCUCACCCGUUAACAGUAACAGUACAGCAGGAAGUCCUCGUAGGUCGCCUCGACUCCUGAAAUCUGCCUCUCAUACUCCUGAAAUAAUUUCCUUAUUUCAGGAGUAUGAGAGGCAGAUUUCACAAGUACGGAGGCCAAGCCCAUGGAAGAGGAAACGGUGGUGA